AUGUGGUCUCCCGCACCUCGGGGCUGGGCGUUCAGCCUGUCCGGCCUCCUUAUCCUCUUCGCUCUCUUCCAAAGUAUCGCGGCUCAGGACCUCGGCCUCAGCCUUGACAAAGAUGCCCGAGACGAAGCGCAGCUCAUUGUUUACUCCUCCAAACUCACCUUCACCCAAGACACCGGAGCACUCUUUAGCAAUGACGAACUCUAUGGGCUUGCUAGUUUAGCUUAUAGCCAAAUGCAGACCAAGUUUGAUGCUGAUGGCAUCAGGCCCCAGGAGCAGCCCGCCAUGAUGGCCGUCAUGGCCGUCGAGAAGGACGUCUUUAUCUCGUCUAGUUUGAAGGGAAAUGGCCCUUCUCUGUACAGCUACGCGACUCAGCAUUCCAAACCACGAGUCGUCGCGGCCCUUGACCGGUGCCAAGCCAGACUACAGAGUGAAAAGAAGGUCCCCGUCAACGAGCAGCAUCGAACCGGGGCCGGCUGCGCGGAGAUUUUCGCCCUCCACCAGGUAGGUCGUGCUCCUUCCGCUGCCAGCGAUGCCUCGCCGCAAGCCCACAAUCACCCGCCCUCCAUCCGCGUUGUGGCCUACGGCAAAGGGGGCCAGACAGGCGUCGUAAGCCCUCAAAACCCCUGCGGUGGCGGUGAAGUAAUCAACGAAGCGGGUUCCCUAACGUGGGGGUGCAGGCAGUUCAUGGCGGACGAAGGGAUCACCGUGCCACGGAAGCCCGGCAAGAAAGUCAUCUGGACGGAUCGGCAGUGGUCUCGCGAAGCGGACCAGCAUGCUGGUCGUAAAAACAACGAGUUGGCGAGCUGGGUCGUGCUGGGUCAUAUCGUCAGCAGCUGA